AUGGCCGGGCUGCGGCCGGAGGGCGUGUGUGAUACAGAACAGGACGUUUGCAAAAAUCUGGAAACCAGGUUGACUGCUCUCGGCGCGAGUGUCCUGCGCAGAGCUGGCAUCUGGCUCCCGGAGUUGGCCUCGGUGCUAAUCCCUUCAGAGGUCAGAUUACUUAGCAUUUCUCUCUCCCUCUCCCCUUUCCUCCCUCUCCUCCGCCCGCCUCUCCCUCUCGCCUCUUCCCCCCUGCCCGUCUUCCCUGCCAUCUCAGGCCGCAUUCUCGACAUCCCCUGCAAAGUGUGUGGCGACCGCAGCUCGGGGAAGCACUACGGCGUCUACGCCUGCGACGGCUGCUCGGGUUUUUUCAAGCGGAGUAUCCGGAGGAAUCGGACGUAUGUCUGCAAAUCUGGAAACCAGGGGGGCUGUCCGGUGGACAAGACGCACAGAAACCAGUGCAGGGCGUGCCGGCUGAAGAAGUGUCUGGAAGUCAACAUGAACAAAGACGCCGUGCAGCACGAGCGGGGGCCCCGGACGUCCACCAUCCGCAAGCAGGUGGCCCUCUACUUCCGCGGGCACAAGGAGGAGAACGGGGCGGCCGCACACUUCCCGUCGGCGGCGCUGCCAGCGCCCGCCUUCUUCACCGCCGUCACCCAGCUGGAGCCACACGGCCUGGAGCUGGCCGCGGUGUCCGCCACCCCCGAGCGGCAAACCCUCGUGAGCUUGGCCCAGCCCACGCCCAAGUACCCCCACGAAGUGAAUGGGACCCCAAUGUAUGUCUAUGAAGUGGCCACCGAGUCGGUGUGUGAAUCCGCAGCCAGGCUUCUGUUUAUGAGCAUCAAGUGGGCAAAGAGCGUGCCAGCUUUCUCCACGCUGUCUUUGCAAGACCAGCUGAUGCUUUUGGAAGAUGCUUGGAGAGAACUGUUUGUUCUAGGAAUAGCACAAUGGAGCAUUCCGGUUGAUGCUAACACUCUACUGGCUGUAUCUGGCAUGAAUGGUGCCAACACAGAUUCCCAGAAGCUGAACAAGAUCAUAUCUGAAAUACAGGCUUUGCAAGAGGUGGUGGCCCGGUUUAGACAACUCCGGUUAGAUGCCACCGAAUUUGCCUGUCUAAAAUGCAUCGUCACUUUCAAAGCUGUUCCCACACACAGUGGUUCUGAACUGAGAAGUUUCCGGAAUGCUGCCGCCAUCGCAGCUCUCCAAGACGAGGCUCAGCUAACGCUCAACAGCUACAUCCACACCAGAUACCCCACGCAACCCUGUCGUUUUGGAAAACUCCUGUUGCUUUUGCCAGCUUUACGUUCCAUCAGCCCGUCCACCAUAGAAGAAGUGUUUUUCAAAAAAACCAUUGGCAACGUGCCAAUCACAAGACUGCUUUCAGAUAUGUACAAAUCCAGUGAUAUCUAAGCUCUCCAAAUACUCACUUUUCGGGAUGGGACAGUGUCAGAUGAACUUCUACCCACGGAGAACAAGCCUCAACUAACACACCCUUCAGGAAGCAGAAACCUGGGAAGGUGUAGCCUUCAGGAACAAGCAGUUGCCACAGGACACCCAGUAGCUAGGACCCACUGCUCCCACCAGGGCAGGGUGGGCGGGCAGGAAAGAGGCUGCCACGGAC